GAUGUAUUCACUUUCUCAUCUGCAUGAUAUAAAACAAAAGUCCGAUUAUCCCCCUUUUUUUUUGUUUUCUUUAUUGUUCAAUGACACGCAAAUUGAAUGAAAUACGUCGUAAUGCAGUAUGUGCAUGGUAUCCAGGCCAUUCAGUACCUUUGUUAGCCACAGGUACUUUAGCCAAUAGUUUCGAUCAUCAUCCUAGUCAACUUGAGAUAGUCUCUAUCGAGAGUGUUUCUACUAGCAAGAAAGUCACCACGACGUCUCGUUUUCAUGCUUUGGCAUGGGGCCAUAUUACCCAAGAAAAACCAUUUGGUCUGAUUGCAGGUGGUAUGGAAACAGGCCAACUUGAACUUUGGGAUGCUUCUAGCCUACUUUACAGUUCAGAAGACGCUUUGGUACUACGCCACUCAGCCCAUGCAGGCACACUUCAAGCACUUGAUUUCAAUACACUUCAGACACAUCUGUUGGCUUCAGCAGGCAGUCAAAGCGAGGUGUAUAUUUGGGACCUUGAACAUCCUUCUACACCUUUUACACCUGGUGCAAGGUCCUCUAAAAUGGAUCAUAUUGUCAGUGUAGCAUGGAAUUGUCAAGUACAACAUAUUGUAUCGACUGCUUCUACUAAUGGAUACACGGUUGUUUGGGAUUUGAGAAACAAGCGAGAAGUCAUGACAUUGGUGGGUCAGCAACAAAACUCUAUUUCUUCUAUUGCUUGGCAUCCUGAUGUCGCCACACAAAUAGCAACUGCUUCUGAUGAUGAUCAUUCUCCUGUGAUUACUUUAUGGGAUCUUCGUUAUGCUCAUACACCUCAAAGAACACUAAGGGGACAUACACAGGGUGUCUUGGAUCUUUCUUGGUGUAGACAAGAUGCUGAUCGGUUGUUUUCUUCAGGUAAAGAUGGCAACACACUCUGUUGGAACCCAAACACAGGUGAAUUACAAGGAACUAUAGCGACAGAGACACAACCUACAUUCCAAGUAGCCUGGUCUUGUGCUCAUCCUGAUUUGUUGGCUACUUCUUCUUUAGAUGGUUCAGUGUAUGUGUAUUCUCUCUUUCAACCAUCUUCAUGGCUUCGACGUCCUAUAGGUGCCUCAUUUGGAUCAAAUGGUACAUUAGUCACCUUCAAUGCCACCAAGAAGACAGUGCAACUCAAGGCCAUGACAGCCCAUUCAGAUAUCAUCCAACGCUCUCAACAGUUAGUAUCAGCCACAGAAGAACAACUGGCAUCACUGAUCAAGAAGCGUAUUCAACAAGGCCAAGACCAACAAGACUGGCAAGUCCUUGAUAUCCUGCUCUCCCAUCAUGCAAGAGAAGCCAUGAUCCACUACCUUGGAUUUCAAAAGGAACAGAUAGCCGCAAAAGCCACGCAUCUCUUGACCACAAAGGAUGUGGAUACCUUGAUCACACAGGCAAUUAUGCUGGGUGAUUUUGAAUCUGCUGUAGAUGCUUGCCUUGCCUCCAAACGAUUCUCAGAUGCAUUUGCCAUUGCCAGUUGCAGUAGCAAUGCAUUACUUGACCGUACUCGAAAAGCUUAUUUUGAAGCCAAUCAAGUGGGCUAUAUGUGUUUACUCGAGAGUAUUGCACAUGAUGAUUUAGUGUCGAUGGUACACCAGGCAGAUCUGUCUCAAUGGUCUUGUAUUCUGGCGACACUCUGUACAUUUGCAUCUGCGCAAGAAUUCGGCGCCCUGUGUGAUCAAAUGGGUCAGCGUCUAUCAGACCAUGCUGAACUGUGCUCGCAUGCCACUCUGUUCUAUCUUGUGUCUGGUAAUCUACCCAAACUAGUGCAAGCAUGGACACAGACGAUCGACAGACACAAUCCUUCCAGUCUACAGAGUGUGAUUGAGAAGAUCACUGUGUUUCAAAAAGCGAUUGAUUUCAAAGACAGAGGUGAAAAAGAUGCAGAGGGUCGUUAUGUAUUGGCUGAUCUGUAUGAUCUCUACCAGGAUUAUGCUGCAUGGAUGACAGCUCAAGGUCAAUCGGACAUUGCCUUGACUUAUCAACAACUGAUUCCUUCUUUAGGCGAAAAGACAUCUGCAGUUGCUCCUACAACACCAGCCAAAAAAACAAGUGUCUUGCCUUCUUCUUCCACAGCUGCUUAUUUUAGUGCUUAUCAAUAAUAAUUAAAAAAAAAAAAAAGGAGUGAAACAAGUCCAUCCAUAGAAAUUCUUUGUGACCCUUUAAUUUUUUUUUUCUUUAGCUUUUUUCUCUCUUCUAUCUAUCUAUCUAUCUAUCUAUAUGCCUAGAGUGUGU